UCCAAAAAGCCGCCACCACUCCGGUUCCUGCGUUCGUACUCCACUCCUGCCAGUCCAAGAUCCAGCUCAAGAUCCAGGCAGGGUCAGCCAGCCAUGUGCUGCGGCGAGUGCGGCUGCUACGACGCACUCUGCGACCGCUGCUGCCUCUGCGUCUCCACCGGCGCGCGCGACACCAUCCUCUGCUGCGCGUGCUGCCUCGCCGUCCUCGCCGGCGUCGGCCUCCUCCUCGUCCUCCUCGCGGCCUUCUGCUUCAUCCGCCACGCCGAGGUCGCCGUCACCGACGCCUCCCUCACGCGCCUCGCGCUGGCCGCGUCCCCCGCCACCGCCUUCGCCUACAACCUCUCGCUCACGCUCACCGUCCGGAACAAGAACUGGGCAAUGAGCGUCAAGAACACCCAGCCGCUCGAGGCCGACUACAGCUUCGACGGCCAGCGCUUCGAGCGGGUCAGGCUCGCCGACGAGGGCUCCACGCACCCCGCCGGCAAGACCCAGGUGUACCACCUCGUCUCCGGCUCCGACGGCGCCUACGUCGCGCUCGGCAACGCCGGCGUGGCCGAGUUCAAGGAGGAGAACAAGACGGGGGUGUUCCAGGUGGAGGUGGCGCUGUCGGGCCAGGUCAGGUACCAGGCGCACUUCACCAAGUGCAAGUUCCAGGCCAAUUGCCCGCUCAAGCUGCAGCUCGCGCCGCCCGGCACGCCGGCCGUCGUCUUCCAGAAGGUCAAGUGCAAGCUCGCUCCGGCGAGCAGGUACUGCUAGUGAUUGGUACGAUUGGUGGCUAGUGAUUUCUGUCGGUAGAUUGGGAGGACCAAGUAUAGUUGCCGGGAACGGGGAACGAUGCCGCGUCCCCUGUACCGGGAACAUCGACCCGGAUCGAGGGUCGGGGUCGACACAGGGAACG